AUGGACGAGCCUCUCUGGACUUCAGUGUCAGGUGGAGCCCUGCAGUAGGAUGCUGGAGUCUACGUCUGUCUGGGGUCCCCCUCCUGUGACCUCUCACCUUUGGCUGCUCAUUCUCUCCUGCGCUCUUCACAGUCAACCAGCCCUGUCUGACCUUGGUGAGUGAGAGGCAAACUGAAUACAGAGUGCACAGUAUGUAUGCUUUCGCUUUUGUUGCUGUUAUUGCAGUUUAAUGUCAUAGAGUGGAGUCAAGUGUGGUAAUGCAAAUGCUGUUGCCAAAUGAUUGUGUGAACACUUAUUGCAUAGACUGGUUGUUGCACAAUGAUUGCAUAAUACUGGUGAUGUUUUUUUUUGGUCAUAUCAUUAAUCACAUUUACAGAACAGACGUAAUCACAUUAUACAUUUUCAUUAGAGAUAUAGGUCCACCCUUUAUGACCUGCAACACUAAUACUACGAGUUAAUUAUGUAUCAAUGAAAUACUGAUACUAUCAUGAUUUCUGCAAUGAUCGAGACCAGUUUUCUAAAUAGUCCCCAUGCUAAUUUCCAGGCCUCAUGUAUACAUGUGACAAAAGGCUUUAAAAAACCUGCUUCAGCUUUAUCUGUCUCCUAGCAACAUGCAGCUACACACACACUGUUAUCUGAUAGUGUGAUGUAUCCAGGUUUUCAGAUAAAUUGGCUGUUUGGGAACAUUCAAUCAUUAGAUCUUUUGUAAAUUAAUAUAUGAAUGUUGAAUCCUCUUCUGUUUUUUUUAUUCUGUAGAGUAAUAACUCAAAACAACACUCACUUUUACUAGCUACUUCACUGUUAAUGAUUGCAGCUAAUGAUUUGAAGUAAUGUAUUCAUAUUACAUACGGUAACUAGCCAUUUGGGUGCCUGACUGGUGCAUUAAUCAGCUCUGUAUCCUUUCACACGACAAGUUACUGACAAGCAGACACUGACUGGGUCUCAUGUGUUACUUAACCUACAGCAUAGGAUCAUAGCUUUAGCCGGUGGUAACUUGUGGAAUAGACACCGGCUGGAAUGUGGUUUUAACCAAUCAGCAUCCAGGAUUAGACCCACCCGUUUUAUCACCUACAGUAUAGGAUCAACUCUGAAUAGUGAAGCCUCAGAAUUUAGUACGUCAAUUUGCUGCCUGUUCGCUCUCUCUCUCUCUGGUUUGUGUCUCACACUUCUGUCUGUGGUCAGUGUUCUCCACCCGUCCAGAGGAUGGUGUUGGUGUGCUGGGUGCGCCCCUCAUGCUGCACUGUGCAGUGUAUGACUCAAGCCGCCAGGGGGCACUGUCUGUUCGAUGGGAAAGGGCCAGUGGAGAGGCAGCAGCACUGAGUCCUGGUCCUGACAAAGGGAUCUACCAAGUGGCCAACGGAUCUCUGUUGUUCCCCCAGCUGAGAGAAGGGGACCUGGGGAGAUACGUCUGUAGUGCAGGCAUUGGAGCCAAACAAAUCAGGACUGUUGUCCAAGUGAUGGAAGCUGGUUUGUUGGCCUUCUCACCUCUUCUGCAUAACUCUGCUGGAAUAAUACAAUACCUUUACAUUAGCUUUAGUACACAUAACAUAUCUGGCUUUUAUGUGACCUCUGUCUCAGAAAUGAGAAAAGCAUAGAUACAUUUGAUCCUUUGUUUGAUACUGUGUGUGUUUGUGUGUAGAGCUGGAGGCAGUGUUCUUUAGUCCUCAGUCUCUGACGGUCAGUGAGGGUCAGGCAGUGUUCCUCCAGUGUGUCUCAGGGAACAGCUCACCCCCUGCACACGUCACCUGGCUCAAAGACAACACACUCUUCACAAAAGGCACUCAGAUUCAGGUAUUGAAUGCAUUAGUCUGUGCAUGGAUUUGAUUGCAUGUCUUAUUUGUGUCUUUGUGUAUGUGGAUAUUUGAUUGUGUGUGGCUGAGUGUAUGUCUAAAUGCACAAUGUGUUUCUCCAGGGCCAAUAUGGAGGGGGUAACCAGAGGAAGACCUCAGGCACUCUGCACCUCUCUAAUGUCUUAAUAGAGGACGAGGGGGAAUACGUCUGUGUCACACACAACCCCUUAGUGAACACCAGCCUGGAGAGCAAGGCAGCUACACUCACAGUACAAGGUGAGACAAUGCACAGCCUCUCCCCUACUCCCUGCCUACCCCCUGUCUCUGCCCUGUCUUCUUAGAACAGAAUGGAUGGUGGAACUAGAGUUGGUGCCAGUUUUUUUCUGUUCUAGCCAACUCCUGUAUCAAUCUACAGUGCCUUCAGAAAGUAUUCAUACCCCUUGACUCAUUUCACAUUUUUUUGUGUUACAGCUUGAAUUAAAAAUAGAUUAAAUAUAUUUAUUCUCACCCAUCUACACACAAUACACCAUAAUGACAAAGUGAAAUAUGUUUUUAGAAAUGUUUUGCAAAUGUAUUGAAAAUGAAAUACAGAAAUAUCUAAUCUACUAAACUAUUUGGAAUUGCUUUAAGAAGGUCAUACCAAGGACCAUUUAGCUAUUUGAUUUUUAAUUUUAAGACACCUUGAAGUAUUAAAAAAAUAAUAAAAAAAUAUUUGAUGAACAAUUAUUUUUGACCUUACUGCUACUAGCCCACACAAAAGCAUUGAAUAACAUAUUAACUACAUGGAACAACAGAUAGUCCCAAAAACAAAUCAAAAGGAAGUUUGUUCUGAAGUGCCUGUCCUAUAUCUGAGAGAUAUAAGAAAGAUCAGGAAACAUUUGUUUUUGUUUUUUCUCGUGUAUUUAACCCCUUAUUUUUGGCACUAAACAGUAUCCAUAUGUACUUCCAUACAUUUGUUCAACUGGUACCGGGGGACCUUCAGACAAGUCUUGUGAGGCCUGUGGCAAAACAACCGACAUGUACGUGUUCGUGAGAGUCUCACCUUUCCACAGAGGGGUCAUAUUAGUGUGUAGCCCAAACUGUUUGGACGCUACAGACAGAAGUUGGCAGAUCGGCUGUACCGACUUCAGACGAGUCCCAAGACGCUUGUGGGGGUCAUAGAGCAAAAUGGAGAACACCAUCGUGUUUUGAGUCUCAUAUUUUCAUAGAGUGGUAGUUUGUAGGCCAUAAUAGUUUGUAGGCCAAACUGUUUGGACGCUACAGGCGAUUUUGUGGGAAGACCGAUUUUCGGGAUGUCUCAUGGUCAAAUCAAAUUUGAUUGGUCACAUACACAUAUUUAGCAGAUGUUAUUGCGGGUGUAGCGAAAUGCUUGUAAUAAAAUAUGUAAACAUUAUUAAAGUGACUAGUGUUCCAUUAUUAAAGUGACCAGUGAUUCCAUGUCUACUCCCGAGUGGCGCAGUGGUCUAGCUGUGCCACUAGAGAUCCUGGUUCGAAUUCAGGCUCUGUCGUAGCCGGCCGUGACCGGGAGACCCAUGGGGCGGCGCACAUUUGGCCCAGCGUUGUCUAGGGUAGGGGAGGGAAUGGCCGGCAGAGAUGUAGCUCAGUUGGUAGCAUGGCAUUUGCAACGCCAGGGUUGUGGGUUUGAUUCCCACGGGGGGCCAGUAUGAAAAAUGAAAAAAAUAAUGUAAGUCGCUCUGGAUAAGAGCGUCUGCUAAAUAUGUAAAAUAUAUGUAUAUAGGGCAGCAGCCUCUAAGGUGCGGGGUUGAGUAACCGGGUGGUAGCCGGCUAGUGAUGGCUAUUUAACAGUCUGAUGGCAUUGAGAUAGAAGCUGUCUCGACAGGAUCGUUCUAAACGUAGCUCUUUAUUAGCUACUGUAGUUAUAACUGGCAUGUUCACGUGUCUCCGGCCAUGAUGAACUGAAAAUGACCUCACGACCUGGGUGGUCUUAACCAAUCAUAGCGCAGUAUGAUACGAUGGUAGAAUGCAGCAAUUACAAGUCAGUAUGUUGACACAUAUGAAUAUUACAUCCCCCUUCUUUAAAAAAAAGAACAAUGUUCUACAUAUUUCUAAGUAUUUCUUUUGAAUAAAUGCUCUGUAGUUUGAACUCGAGGUAAGUAACCAUUUAAACUGCAUACUGCACCAACUGCAUCAACAUAACAGACUCUGAAACAAUGAUUCAGCGUACUGUUACUUUUAGAACUAAGAUUUCUCUGCAACUCAGCUUUUCACUGUAGCAAUGACAUAUCUCAACAUUUCAAACAAAUACAAUACCAAAGCAUUUCAAGUUAACUUCUCAAUAACAAGUUUACAGUCCGGAACUCUUCUAGGGCAGCGAUCCGCCUACACCCUUUGACAUUUCACAGGUCUAGGUCAGCUCUUGGCUUGACCUCUCUUCCUGACCUUGUGUGAUAUGAAGCUGAGCAUGCUUCUGUGUCAGUCAACAGCUCUUGUGGUGUUGCAGGUAAGUAUGGUGCAUGUUGUGUUGUGUUUGUGUUUAGUCCUUCAUGUUCUCUUUCAGGGAAAUAGUUAAUCUCGUCAGUGUGUUGUUCUUUUGUGUUCAGUAGGUGACAACGAUUGCGGCGGUACACCGCUCCUUCUGCGGUGCGGACGUGAUAUGUACGUUCAGUGUCAGCUGGCUGGAUGACGACUGCUGGAUUCCAAUAGCCAUGCUCCUGGAUUCUAACUGACUCUCCGUCGUUCAGUGGUGGCAGUGGUCUGGCUGACCUGUCGUAGUAUCGCUUUUGCUGUUGUUGUCUCUGUGCACGUUUUGCAUGCAUUUCCUUGUAGCUGACGACCUCAGGUUGCAGCUGCUGGUUGGUGUUGGUGGGAAGGAUUGAGCGAAGUCUGCGGCUCAUCAACAGCUGGGCUGUUGCGGUACUCAAGGAGACUGAGGUAGUGGUCUCUCUUGUCUGCAUUUGCUUUGUCCAUGAGUGAUUUAGCGAUCUGCACAGAUUUUUCAGCAAGGCCAUUACUUUGAGGGUAAUGUGGGCUUGUGGUGACGUGUGUGAACUCCCAUGCUUUUGUGAAGGAUUCAAACUCCUUUGAUUUGUAACAGGGGCCAUUGUCAGAUAUUGAAGUCUCUACAAUGCCAUGCCUGGAAAAGGCUGCUUUCAGCUUGUGGAUCACAGCUGCAGAUGUGGUGCUGUGAAGCAUGUCGAGUCUGGAGUAUCUGCUGUAGUAGUCCACUGUUAUGAUGUAGUCCUCGUUGUUCCUGGUGAACAGACCGGUUGCCACGACCUGCCAGGGUCGGUCUGGGAUACAGUAAGGUAACAGUGGCUCUUUGGUGUUUGAGGGGCGUCAUUCAAGAAAGAUGGGGCAUUUACCAACUAAUGUCCUCUAUUUGUUUGCACAUUCCGGGCCAAAACAAAAAUGUCCCAUGCUCUCUAUUUGCACUUUUCCAUGCCCAUGUGUCCAGCAUGGAUCUUUGUCAAAAUCUCUUCUCUGAGACUGGUAGGAAUGAUGAAUUCUUCUCCUUUUAAAAUGAUUCCGUUGAUCUGUGAUAGUUCAUCACGAUGGUUCCAGAACUCUGAGACGCUUGGAGGGCAUUCUCUCCUCUCCUCAGGCUAUUCAUCCUGUAUGACAUUCCUCAGCUGUGUGAGUUGUGUGUCCUUUUCUGUUUCUGCUUGGAUCUCCUUCAGUUUUGUGUCACUAACUGGUAAGUUGCUGUACACAGUGUGCACCUGCAUGUCCACGCCUUCACUGAGGCUGCUGUCCUUGUAGGUAAGAAACUUCCUGGAGAGUGUGUCUGCGACAGGGAUGUUUUGCCUGGACGGUGAGUGAUUGUGAAGUCGUAUUUUUGUAGUUGAAGUGUCACGCCCUGGCUCUGGGGACUAUUAAAUGUUGAGCCAGGGUGUGGAUUUUCUAUGUUAUAGUUUUCUAUGUUUUGUUCUAGAUCAUUUUGAUCUAUGUUGGCCAGGGUGGUUCCCAAUCAGAGACAGCUGUAGCUCUCUGUCUCUGAUUGGGAACCAUACUUAGGCAGCCUGUUGGCACCAGUUUAUUGUGGGAUCUUGUUCCGUAAGGUUUGUUUUGGUGUUAACCUAGGACUUCACGUAUCGUUUGGUUUAUUGUUUUGUUCGUGUGGUGUACUUAAUAAAAGAUGUACGCUUAUCACGCUGCGCCUUGGUCCGCUUCCUGUAACGUUCGUGACAGAAGAUCCCACCACAAGAGGACCAAGCAGCGUGUCCAGGAACAGACAGCCUGGACUUGGGAGGAGAUCCUGGAUGGGAAGGGAUCCUGGACUUGGGAAGAGAUCCAGGCCGGAAUGGAUCGCCGUCCUUGGGAGGAGACUGUGGAGGCGCGCUACAGAGAGGAGCAGCGGCAACGCAGAGGGUACCGGCCGAGGAGGAAGCCCGAGAGACAGCCCCAAUAAUUUAUUUUGGGGGGGCUAAAAGGGUGUUUGGCGGAGCCACAUACUGUGCCGCGAGUGUUCCGGCACAGUCCUGUACGUCCUGUGCUAGCACCACGCACGUGUCGUGCUAAGGUGGGAAUGCAGCCAGGACGGAGUGUGCCGGCUCAACGCUCGUGGCCUCCAGUACCCCUCCUCGGUCCCGGAUAUCCUGCGCCAGUGCCACAUGCUGUAGCGCCAGUACGAGUGCACAGCCCUGUACGUCCUGUGCUGAUGCCUCACACAUAUUGUGUGGAAGUAGGCAUUCAGCCAGGACGGGUUGUGUCAGCUCUCCGCUCCAGACCUCCAGUCCGCCUCCACAGUCCGGCCCGGCCCGUUCCGGCUCCCCGCACCAAGCCUAUGGUGCGUGUUCCCAGUCCAGCCCGGCCCGUUCCGGCUCCCCGCACCAAGCCUAUGGUGCGUGUUCCCAGCCCGGUCCGGCCUGUUCCUGUACCUCGCACCAAGCCUGUGGUGCGCGUCGCCAGCCCGGUCCGGCCUGUUCCUGUCCCUCGCACCAAGCCUGUGGUGCGCGUCGCCAGCCCGGUCCGGCCUGUUCCUGUCCCUCGCACCAAGCCUGUGGUGCACGUCGCCAGCCCGGUCCGUCCUGUUCCUGUCCCUCGCACCAAGCCUGUGGUGCCCGUCGCCAGCCCGGUCCAGCCUGUUCCUGUCCCUCUACCAAGCCUGUGGUGCGCGUCGCCAGCCCGGUCCGGCCUGUUCCUGCUCCCCGCACCAAGGCAGUGGUGCGCGUCGCCAGCCCGGUCCGGCCUGUUCCUGCUCCCCGCACCAAGCCAGUGGUGCGCGUCGCCAGCCCGGUCCGGCCCGUUCCUGCUCCCCGCACCAAGCCAGUGGUGCGCGUCGUCAGCCCGGUCCGGCCCGUUACUGCUCCCCGCACCAAGCCAGUGGUGCGCGUCGUCAGCCCGGUCCGGCCCGUUCCUGCUCCCCGCACCAAGCCAGUGGUGCGCGUCGUCAGUCCGGCACGGUCAGUGCCUGUUCCACCGGUGCCUGGUCCGGCACCGGUCAGCUGCUCCACUCCGGAGCCAGAGCAAUCCGCUCCACCGGUGUCCAGUCCAGCUCCGGCCAGCGGGGCCAGACCAGACCAGGGGCGCUACAGGGGGGUAGAGAGAGAGUGGUGGUCACGCCCGGAGCCGGAUCCGCCUCUGAGGCGGAAUGCCCACCCGGCCCCUACCCUCUUGUGUUUGUGUGGCGCGGUCGCAGUCCGCGCCUUUGGGGGUGGGGGGGGGGGGGGUACUGUCACGCCCAUAGUUUUCUAUGUUUUGUUCUAGAUCGUUUUGAUCUAUGUUGGCCAGGGUGGUUCCCAAUCAGAGACAGCUGUAGCUCGUUGUCUCUGAUUGGGGACCAUACUUAGGCAGCCUGUUGGCACCAGUUUAUUGUGGGAUCUUGUUCCGUAAGGUUUGUUUUGGUGUUAACCUAGGACUUCACGUAUCGUUUGGUUUAUUGUUUUGUUCGUGUGGUGUACUUAAUAAAAGAUGUACGCUUAUCACCCUGCGCCUUGGUCCGCUUCCUGUAACGUUCGUGACAUGAAGGAUCAUUCUCUCUAGCCUUGGUGGGGUUGGGGCUAGCAGUUUCCUCAUGUUUGACUCAAGGGGCUUGUGGUCGGAUUCCACAAUGACUUGUCGUCCAUAGACGUACUGAUGGAAACGCUUACAUCCGAACAGAAUGGUGUACAGCUCCUUUUCGAUUUGAGCGUAGUUGAUUUCACAGUCUGUGAGAGAUUUGGAAGUGUAGCCGAUGGGCUUUCCUUCUUGCAGUAGCACUGCACCUAGUCCAUACUUUGACGCGUCCACUUGGAGUCUGAGCUCUUUGUUGGGGUUGUAGUAGUCAAGGAUAUGUCGAUAGCUUUGUCCAGCGUUAGCUCAGACCCAACAUUCAAAAGUUUCUCUCUCACUCGCGGUGAGUGUAUUCCAAUUACGAUAUGGUCCCUGACCAUCUCAUCCUUGUUUACAUAAUCGCAGUCUUUCACAAGCAGACGCAGUCACAAACUGUUCAAACGAUUUGCUAGCUCCCUGUACUUUCUCAUGGAAUUUGUACCUAGUGAAAAUCAUAUUGGUCUUUGGCACAACAUAUGCUUCAGAACGAUCAUAGUAUGUUUUCAGUAUAUUUGAUUCAGCCUCGGUAAGUCUCCAUGUGUUGUAAAUGUCUCUCCCUUUUUCACCGAUCCACAGGAGCAGGUAGCUGCACUUUUCUUCUUCUCCUCUUUCGUUCAGAGGACCUGUGAACAUUAGCUCCACAUGCUGUUUGAAUUUUCGCCAUGCAUCGGGUAAGUUUGUAGACCCCCAGUCCAUUUGAGGUGAAGGAACUCCAGCAUAAUCCAUCUUUUAGUCCUUUUACUCUGACACCGUGUCUUGUUUUGCACGCUUUGUACAAAAUAAUAAAAUGCAGUACGACAGGAUCUUUCUAAACGUAGCUCUUUAUUAGCUAGUUAUAACUUGCAUGUUCACGUGUCUCCGGCCAUGAUCAACUGAAAAUGACCUCACGACCUGGGUGGGUUUAACCAAUCAUACCAUAGUAUGAUACGACGGUAGAAUGCAACCAAUUACACUUCAGUAUGUUGACACAUAUGAAUAUUACAGGUCCCAGCUUUGAUGCACCUGUGCUGACCUCGCCUUCUGGAUGAUAGUGGGGUGAAGAGGCAGUGGCUCGGGUGGUUGAUGUCCUUGAUGAUCUUUUUGGCCUUCCUGUGACAUCGGCUGUUGUAGGUGUCCUGGAGGUCAGGCAGUGUGCCCACGGUGAUGCGUUGGGCACCACCCUCUGGAGAGCCCUGCGGUUGCGGGCGAUGCAGUUGCCGUACCAGGUGGUGAUACACCCUGACAGGAUGCUCUCAAUUGUGCAUUUGUAAAGGUUUGUGAGGGUCUUAGGGGUCAAGCAGUAUUUCUUCAGCCUCCUGAGGUUGAAGAGGUGCUGUUGCGCAUUCUUCACCACAUUGUCUGUGUGGGUGGACCAUUUCAGAUUGUCAGUGAUGUGUACGCAGAGGAACUUGAAGCUUUUCACCUUCUCCACUGCGGUCCCGACUAUGUGGAUAGGGGUGUGCUCCCUCUGCUGUUUCCUGAAGUCCACGAUCAGCUCCUUCCUUUUGUUAAUGUUGAGGGAGAGGUUAUUUUCCUGGCACCACUCUGGCAGGGCCCUCACCUCCUCCCUGUAGGCUGUCUCGUAAAUUUGUUGGCAAUCAAGCCCCUUGGGUGCUGCCAUAGAGUUACAUUAGAAGUGCCCAUCCAAGAAGGCUCAAGGUCAUUAGACACAGAUAAAAUGAAGUCAAAUCACAUUAUAUUUACAGUAGCUUUGAUUGGACUGAUGAUGUCAACAUUAUACUUUCGAAAUCUUAUCUAGCAGUUAUCAUCAUGAAUGAAGUCGACAAUCUACUGGCAAAUCCUUUUUAAUCCUUGUCAUAUGAAGAGAAAUAAUGAAGAGAAAUUAUAGAUAAAAUGUAUUGGUGCUCAUCAACCAUUAGACAUAAACAUUACACAACAAGUUGGAAAUCGCAAUUUCAACAAUGUGUGGUUUGGAAGGAAUCAGUGGCUAACUGCAAGCAUUGCAAAGCAAUCACUAGCCUGCUGUUCAGUGGCCGUGUGGUCCCAAAUCUGGGAUUAAGGGUCUCUUUUCCAAAUUUAAAAGGAUAAACAUUCAACAUUGGCCAUGCUGUCAAUGAAGCAUGAUUUGUGCUGCGCUCAAAACAACUGUUAACUCAGAACUGCGAAAACUUUACUUUAGUGAGUUCAUGACAACUGGGAACUCGGGAAAAACGAGUUCCGACUGGGAAAAUACGUUUUGAACGGUCAUCCAACUCGGAAUUGUAAAUCCGGAACUCAGGCCUCUUUCUAGAGCUACGACCUGAAGAUCACUAACAUCAUCAUGAUUCAAUCUUGUUUUUUUUUUUCGAGUUCCCAGUUGUCUUGAAAGCACCAUAAAUCCAGAGAAUGCCAGACUUUGAGACAAACUUUGAUGACAAAAUCUGCCCACGAAGCACUGUCGCGCCACCUUCCUGUUCAAGUGAGCACAGCACAACAAUGUGAGUCCAAAACUGUAUUGAAUGCUGCUGCAUAAAUAAUGUAAAAUGCCAGGGAGAUAUGUAUACUGUAGCUAAGAAAGUAAUACUAAGUAUAUGUUGUGUAGUAAGCUGUUAGUAGCCCAUGUGCCUCACCCUAAUAAUUUGGUCUAUUUUCCCCUCUUAAUUUCGCUUACUGUUCUGACUUGGUAGUGCACAGGUAGCCUAUAACCUGUUUUAGAGAAAUGUAAUCAUUGGAUAUUGUAAGAGCUUUCAUUGUCUGCUUAUAUGCCCCCUUUAUUUAUCCUAUGGAUCUGACUUGGUGUACAGGGAGAACACUGUAAGAAUGGCCUAUGUUCUGAAUUCUGUCGCUGUACAUUUCAAUUGGGACUCUGCUGUUGGGAUAGCUUUAUGUAGGCCCUAACAGUUUGUGGGCACCGUUUGUCACCGUUAUAGUGCAAUUAAUGUGUUGUUUAGUGUUGUGUUGUGUUGUGUAGUGGCUUUGCUGGCAUGCAUCCCGCAUUUUUUUUAUGUUUGCCCCACCAAGAUUUACAUACUAAAAUUGCCAAUGUCUAGCUUAAACUGACUUUGUAUGCAGAUUGUUUCAUUAUGCUAAUUCGAAUUCCGCUGGGGCGCGGACAUCGACUGUAUAACUUAUUUUUUAUUCACCAUUUGCCUCAUGGUGAAAUCCCUGAGCGGUUUGCUUCAUAUCCGGCAACUAAGUUAGGAAGGACGCCUGAAUCUUUGCAGUGACUGGGUGUAUUGAUGCACCGUCCAAUGUGUAAUUAAUAAUUUUGCCAUGCUCAAUGGGAUAUUAUAAUUGUUUUACCCAUCUACCAAUAGGUGCCCUUCUUUGCGAGGCAUUGGAAAAACUCCCUGGUCUUUGUGGUUGAAUCUGUGUUUGAAAUUAACCGCUUGUGUGGGGUACAGAGAUGAGGUAGUCAUUCAUAAAUCAUGUUAAAGAGUAUUAUUGCACUCAGAGUCCAUGCAAUUUAUUAUGUGACUUGCUAAGCACAUUUUUACUCCUGAAGUUAUUUAGGCUUGCCAUAACAAAGGGGUUGAAUACUUACUGACUCAAGACAUUUCAGAUUUUCAUUUUUAAUUAAUUUGUAAAAAUGUCUAAAAACAUAAUUCCACUUUGACAUUAUGGGGUAUUGUGUGUAGGCCAGUGACACAAAAUUUCAAUUUAAUCAAUUUUAAAUUCAGGCUGCAACACAUCAACAUGUGGAAAAAGUCAAGGGGUUAAUACUUUCUGAAGGCACUGUAUAUCUGCUGUACUCUGCUGUACUGCUGUACUGCGUGGCGAAGCACAACACCAACUCCAUCUUCAAGUUUGCUGACGACACCGCGGUUGUAAUCCUCAUCACUGACAAGGACGACUCAGCCUACAGGGAGGAGGUCAGAGACCUGACAGUGUGGUGCCAAAACAACAACUUCUCCCUCAACGUCAGCAAAACGAAGGAUUUGAUUGUCAACUUCAGGAAGCAUGGAGGAGGACACGCCCCGAUCCACAUCGGGGCGUCUAACACACAAGGCUGUAAUGGAAAGAGUCAGAAGCUUCAGGUUCCUCUGCGUCCACAUCACCGAGAAGAUCACAUGGACCGACAACACCACCACCCUGGUCAAAAAUGCGCAACAGCACCUCUACUUUCUCCGGCGGUUCUCCAAAUUCUACCGCAGCAUGAUCGAGAGCUUCCUGAUCGGCUGUAACACGGCCUGGUACGGAAACUGCUCUGUUCACAACCGCAAAGCCCUUCAGCAUGUGUUGAAUACAGCCCAGUACAUCACUGGAGCCGUGCUCCCCACCAUACGGGACAUCUACUCUUGAGGAAGGCCCGCAACAUCAAAGGACCUCGCUCACCCCAGCCAUGGACUAUUCACUCCGUUACCGUCUGGCAUACGGUACCAGAGCAUCGGGUCCCGUACCUCCAGGCUCAGAGACAGUUUUUACCCACAAGCCAUCAGACUACUGAACUCUUGAACAUGGACUGACCGUCGGCACAACAACAGUCUCUUGCACUGACUCCUUGCACCUUAACCAGUUAACUGUAACUCAAUGUAAUUUAAAAUGUAAUCUACGUAAUCCCCAAAAGUAAUUAUUUAUCAUGAGAGGGCCAUAAACAAUAACUAGUAAUGCUGCAUAUUCAAAGAAAGGUUAAAAUCUCACCUUUCUGGUGAAAAUGUUUAUAUUGCUGAGGUGUAGUCACUUUUUAGGACACAAGUUCAAUAACACAGUAGAAAUAUGAUACAAAUAUGAAGAUAUGAAGUAUUUCAUAUGACGUAUCUCCUAUUCAACAAAACUGUUUGAAUAAGGUUUGAAAUGACUUAUACGCUUUCUGAAUAUAGCAUAAUCAAAUUAUAAAAUGACUAACUAUAAGAUUUCACCUUCCUUAUAACUGUAAAAUGCAUAUUUGUAUGUUUAGUGUUAGAGAAAAUGUGCAUAUUUUCUAAAGGUCUCUUGAUCAAAACAUCUGCAACCAUCACUGUGAACGUCUCACAGAACUCUAGCUUGAAUUCCUGAACUCGCUAUGAACUCGCCUCCGACAAACAGAAAUCUCUGAAUGUGCUACUGUGAUGAAACCGCUCUCUCCUGCUGCGCUAGUGGCUGUGAUGUAGGGUUCAGCCAAGAGUUGAUGGACAUUCGGAAGAGCGAAUUAAAUGGUAGGAGGGACAUCCCAGCUUCAAGUGGUUUCAGAUUUCACAUCCUAGUCACACAGGCUCAGUAAAAAUAUUGCUGUGUCCGUGGGAACCAGGGACAAACUUGAACUUGAUCUAUACCUCAUCCCUGUAACUCAGCCAACUCAUAUACUGUAUCCUUAAUCAGGAUUGACUAAAGUAGGGCAACUAAACAUGAGGAAACUGAACAUAGGAAAGGAAGCCACUGUAGAGAAUUGAAGCACAUCCCCAUGUUUCUCUGUUCCUCUGUUGAACAUUACACAGGAAGCAGUGUUGGGGAGUAGUGAACUACAUGUACUGUAGUUCAACUAGUCAUUUAACUACAUUUUGCAGUAGCUUGGUGGUAGUUGAACUAAAUUCAAAUCUAGGUAGUGUUUUCAAUAGUUAAUUUCUUUAGCAGUGUAGCUAACUACUAGAACUACACACUACUGCCUAAUUCUCAUUUGAAACAUUGUGUUUGUGUUUAAUACGCAAAAUUAUACAUUCUGUUAACAUUAUGACACCAAAGUGAUCUGUUCAUGAAUUGUGUAGUCUAUGACAUUUACAGAUGAUAAUUUUUCAGUAAGUAGUUGAAAAAGUUUUCAAAGUAAAUAGUUAAGUGAACUAUAUUUUUCUUAAGGGUAGCUGUAGUGUAGCUUAACUUCUUCCAGUGUGAAAUAAUUGGUAGCUUGGUAAACUAUAUUUUCAGAGUAGGUUCCCCAACACUGACAGGAAGACACUGUAGGGUGUUGAGACACACCCCAAUGUUUCUCUGUUCCUCUGUUGAACUUUACACAGGAAGCCUGUGUAGGGUUGAGACAACCCACCCCACCCACCCACCCCCUUCAUGUACUGUAUCUAUUUCUCUGCAGGAGUCCCUACAAGGCUGCAGAUCACUCAGGGCCCUGACAACCUCACCAUCGCCAUAGAGACAGAGGUCUCCAUGCGCUGUGCUGCCCGAGGCUUCCCAGCUCCCACAGUGCAAUGGUUCAAAGACAGCCAUCUCCUGGUGAACAGCUCCGGCUUGAGUUUGCAGAACAAGGGACAGCUGCUUGUGUUCAAGUGAGGAGAUCUUGAGGACAUUAUGACAUUAUCAUAGUUUUUUAUCUUUAAAUCCAAUGUAAAACGCAUCUGUACUCCUCAUUCCCAGGAAUGUGUCUGAGGAAGAUGAGGGUUCCUACCACUGUGAGGCCAGGAAUGAGAGGGAGACUGUCAGGUCUCAGCCUGCCUAUCUCCUCCCAGCAGGUAUUGUAUACCAUGCUCUGGUUGUUAUUAAUCCAACUUAAAUAUCAAUACUUUCACCUUAACUGAUAUACAGCACCUCCCUUCCUCUCCACAGAGAUGGAAUGGAGCUUUGUCCAGCAGCCCACCAACCAGACAGUGAGGAUGGGAGACUCUGUUACUCUAGUCUGCAGACCCCCCUACAGCAGGCCUCCAGCCAUGGUGUCCUGGUUCAAGAACAACCGCCUCCUCAUUCCCAAGACACACUUCACUGUUGGGCCUAAUGGAGACCUCAUCUUCCAUAGGUAUGUGUGUGUGUGUGUGCGUGCGUGACUAUAUUAAUGUACUGUAUGAUGGUAGUCAUCCUGUAACAGCCAGUGUAAGCCGUAUUUAACGGCUUGUUUCUCCAGUGUCCAUGACACAGACAGUGGAGUGUACUUCUGCAGAGCGUCCAACGUCCAUCUGUACAGAUCUGUGACCUCUAGAACAGCCAGACUGACCAUUCUGGGUAAGACAUCACACAUGACGUAGGCUUAUUAUUCACUAGCCUUAUGUCUGUAUAGGAGAUGUUCUAUUCUGUGUCUGUAUAGGAGAUAUUGAUAAAGCAUGUUUACAUUCAGUACGCAUAUACAAUCGCAAUCAUCAUCUGAGACACAGUUCAUUGUCUGAGAUAUACUGGUACAGAAGUAACAAGUUCAGCCUACUCUUCCUCCUCCCCCUGAUCCCCUCUUGUCCUGCCAGCCCCUCCCUCGGUGAGGCUGUGGCCCCCAGUGGUGAUGGUCCCUGUGGGGGCCCAGGUGGUGUUCCACUGCCAGGUCUGGGGAAACCCCCUCCCCUUCAUCGUCUGGUCCAAACAGGGACGCUCUAUGCAGACUGGUGGCAAGAUCGCUGUGGGGUACGUUCAGUGUAACAUAAGUGGUUCUGUGAGGCUUUAGCUCAGUGGGUCAACACAGUAUUGUGUUACUGUACACUAGAAAACAUUUUUGACAUCAUCAACCAAUCUUCUGUCAGGAACCUUUAGCAUGACAAGGACAGGAGACCACUUCCCUUUCUGUGAUAAUGACCGAUCAACUUCUCUGUUCUCAGGGUGAGAAACGCUACCCUCUACAUCCUGUCUGUCAGGAGCUAUGACGAGGGCACUUACACCUGUGAAGCCUCCAACACUGUGGGGCGUGAGCGGAGCACAGCUACUUUACGUGUCGCUGGUAACUUCCCUCACCCAGUACAGCACACACAUUCGGUUUGAUGUUAGACUAUAGUACUGCGUGUAUCAUGCAUGUCUGGAUGCCAAAUAGAGCUGACUAAUGUAGAGACAAAGGAGAGGAGUGCUUCUUUGGUUUAUAGUUAAUCCACAAGGUGCUCUUUGAUAAUGGAAUGAAAUACUAUAGAACAAAAAUAAUUUGAUGCUGGAUAGUGAACAAUGCCUGAAAAGCCUUUGUGCAAAACAAACUUCCAGAAGUAAUCAAGAAACUCUAAUGUAGUGGAAAAAUGUAAAAGUCUUUAUUGUUUUAAUUUUAAAAACACUGACGUGUUUCGGCUACAACAGCCUUCAUCAGGGUGGCAAAGAAUAGUGGUGGACAAACAGGUGUGUAUCCCAACUCUCACAGGAAGUGACUAAAUUCAUUACCAUAUGUACACUGAACAAAGAUAUAAACGCAACAUGUAAAGUGUUGAUCCCAUGUUAUAUGAGCUGAAAUAAAAGAUCCCAGAAAUGUUCUAUACGCACAAAAAGCUUAUUUCUCUCAAAUGUUGUGCACACAUUUGUUUACAUCCCUGUUGGUGAGCAUUUCUCCUUUCCAAAGAUAAUCCAUCCACCUGACAGGUGUGGCAUAUCAAGAAUCUGAUUAAACAGCUUGAUCAUUACACAGGUGCACCUUGUGCUGGGGACAAUAAAAGGCCUAUCUAAAAUGAGCAGUUUUGUCACACAACAAUGCCACAGAUGUCUCAAGUUUUGAGGGAGCAUGCAAUUGGCAUGCUGACUGCAGGAAUGUCCACCAGAGCUGUCACCAGAUAAUUUAAUGUUAAUUUCUCUACCAUACGCCACCUCCAAUGUCGUUUUAGAGAAGUUAACAGAGUGCCCCAUGGUGGCCCCAUUUAUAGUAUAGGCAGGCAUAAGCUACGGGCAACGAACACAAUUGCAUUUUAUCGAUGGCAAUUUGAAUGCACAAAAAUACCGUAACGACAUCCUGAGGCCCAUUGUGAGGCCCAUUUUUUUUAAGGUACUGUAUCUGUGACCAACAGCAUAUCUGUGUUACAGGACGGGGUCGCAGUUCCGGAGCGAUCCACUAGGUGUACUCCUCCAACAACAUUAGGCACCUCCUCACUCAAAGUCUGGACUAAUCAUGAUCCUAUUGGUGUCACCUGUGUCUACCUGUUCACCUGUGUAUUUAUGCCCUCACUUCCCUGUGUUCCCUUGCUCAGUUUUCUCUGCUAGUUUCUCAAUGCCAAGCAGUACGAAUCAGUGUCUGAUCGUGAGACGUACAGUGGGGAGAACAAGUAUUUCAUACACUGCCGAUUUUGCAGGUUUUCCUACUUACAAAGCAUGUAGAGGUCUGUAAUUUUUUAUCAUAGGUACACUUCAACUGUGAGAGACGGAAUCUAAAACAAAAAUCCUGAAAAUCACAUUGUAUGAUUUUAAAGUAAUUAAUAUGCAUUUUAUUGCAUGACAUAAGUAUUUGAUACAUCAGAAAAGCAGAACUUAAUAUUUGGUACAGAAACCUUUGUUUGCAAUUACAGAGAUCAUACGUUUCUUGUAGGUCUUGACCAGGUUUGCACACACUGCAGCAGGGAUUUUGGCCCACUCCUCCAUACAGACCUUCUCCAGAUCCUUCAGGUUUCGGGGCUGUCGCUGGGCAAUACGGACUUUCAGCUCCGUCCAAAGAUUUUCUAUUGGGUUCAGGUCUGGAAACUGACUAGGCCACUCCAGGACUUUGAGAUGCUUCUUACGGAGCCACUCCUUAGUUGCCCUGGCUGUGUGUUUCGGGUCGUUGUCAUGCUGGAAGACCCAGCCACGACCCAUCUUCAAUGCUCUUACUGAGGGAAGGAGGUUGUUGGCCAAGAUCUCGCGAUACAUGGCCCCAUCCAUCCUCCCCUCAAUACGGUGCAGUCAUCCUGUCCCCUUUGCAGAAAAGCAUCCCCAAAGAAUGAUGUUUCCACCUCCAUGCUUCACGGUUGGGAUGGUGUUCUUGGGGUUGUACUCAUCCUUCUUCUUCCUCCAAACACGGCGAGUGGAGUUUAGACCAAAAAGCUCUAUUUUUGUCUCAUCAGACCACAUGACCUUCUCCCAUUCCUCCUCUGGAUCAUCCAGAUGGUCAUUGGCAAACUUCAGACGGGCCUGGACAUGCGCUGGCUUGAGCAGGGGGACCUUGCGUGCGCUGCAGGAUUUUAAUCCAUGAUGGCAUAGUGUGUUACUAAUGGUUUUCUUUGAGACUGUGGUCCCAGCUCUCUUCAGGUCAUUGACCAGGUCCUGCCGUGUAGUUCUGGGCUGAUCCCUCACCUUCCUCAUGAUCAUUGAUGCCCCACGAGGUGAGAUCUUGCAUGGAGCCCCAGACCGAGGGUGAUUGACUGUCAUCUUGAGCUUCUUCCAUUUUCUAAUAAUUGCGCCAACAGUUGUUGCCUUCUCACCAAGCUGCUUGCCUAUUGUCCUGUAGCCCAUCCCAGCCUUGUGCAGGUCUACAAUUUUAUCCCUGAUGUCCUUACACAGCUCUCUGGUCUUGGCCAUUGUGGAGAGGUUGGAGUCUGUCUGUUUGAUUGAGUGUGUGGACAGGUGUCUUUUAUACAGGUAACGAGUUCAAACAGGUGCAGUUAAUACAGGUAAUGAGUGGAGAACAGGAGGGCUUCUUAAAGAAAAACUAACAGGUCUGUGAGAGCCGGAAAUCUUACUGGUUGGUAGGUGAUCAAAUACUUAUGUCAUGCAAUAAAAUGCAAAUUAACUACUUAAAAAUCAUACAAUGUGAUUUUCUGGACUUUUGUUUUAGAUUCCGUCUCUCACAGUUGAAGUGUACCUAUGAUAAAAAUGACAGACCUCUACAUGCUUUGUAAGUAGGAAAACCUGCAAAAUCGGCAGUGUAUCAAGUACUUGUUCUCCCCACUGUAGGUGCUUGAGAACUGUUCUCCCUGUUUCAUUGUUGUUUUCAGUCGUAGUUAGUAUUUCGUAUUUUUGCUGUCAGACUGUUUUUGGAGACCAAUUUGCUCCUCCUUUAUUUUAUCGUGACAAGUCCGUUAUUUUGUAUCCUGGUUUCGGGACCACCAGUAAAGAUCCUUGUUUCACCAUCUCUGCCUACAGUCUAUCCUGCACCGCACCUGGGUCACACCUCACACCAACCCUUACAUAUCUGUAUUCCCAGUCAUGUGAUAUCCAUUGAUUAGGGCCUACUUAUUUUAUUAGGGCCUAUUUCAAUUGACUGAUUUCCUCAUAUGAACUGUAACUCUGUAAAAUCAACAAAAUUGUUGCAUGUUGAGUUUAUAUUUUUGUUCAGUAUAAUUGAUGAAGUCCAAAAAACUUGGGCGAAGUUUGAUGAUGCUGAAAAUAUUGGCCUAUAUCCCAGGUAUGGACAACGAAGUUAACUUCAUCAACAUUACCUGGAAGUGAAGCUCAGGCGUGUGAUUAAGGUGCUUAUUACCUGAAUUAAUGUAUUGAGGUGAUGAUAAUGAUUGUCUGAUGUGGUGCUCUCUCUCUCACACACACACACACACACACACACAGUCAAACUUUCUAUGCUCAUCAUUGUCUUCUCUAUCUUAAGCUGAAGAUGACCCAGCUGAUAGAGACAAGCAGCAUAGACAGAUUGUGUCUGCAGUGAGUAAUAAUGAGGUUGAUGUGAAAGUCUCUAUCGCUUGUCUGCUGAAUUGUUUACCAAUGUUUAACAUCAUGAGUCACAUCUUUGUUGCUCUCUCCAGUUCUGUGUUUAUUUCUAACGGCUUUCAGUGGUUCAGUUGGUAUGCAUUUCUGACAAUGCCAUAUUUCAUGAAUUUGACAAACAUAUUUUCACAAAUUGCAGGUUCCAAACAUUGAAGCAGAGCAGACAACACCCCUGUCCAGUGACCUGAGUCUAGUUCAGCGUUCUGAGAUGAUCCAAUUACAGGCAGGAAGUACAGGUGUGUACAGCCAAAAACUUAAAUCAUAGUAUGCAGUGCAUGCAAAUCCUUGUACUAACAACCUUUUGCAGUAUUUACAAGGCUGUGACAAUAUUGUAAUGUGAUGUGUUAUGUAAUAUGCAUGCUUUAGAUUUAGAACACUCUUUGAAAGCAAACUUUAUACAGUCAACUUAGUUUUUUUCCAAUCACUCACACAUAAAAAAGACUACAGUUUACUAUAGAAUACAACAAUACUUACUAUAGAAUUUUGUAGUAAACUGUAGUAUACUAUACUACACACUGUAGUAGCCCUCGAUCAUGUGUAGUACUUAGUAUAGAAUUUUGGAGUUUCCUGUAGAAUACUAUAGUAAAUACUACAGUAUUAUUAUUUUUUUAACACUGUAAUAAAUACUACAGAAAUGUCUGCAAAAACACUAAAUUCCACAAAAUCACUUUUUUUUUACUAUAGUAAAUACUACAGUAUUUAAUUUGCAUAUACCCUGCACAUUCCCAUCUCCCAUAUCCCAAUUUGUGCCACCCGUAAGUGAGAAACCUACAUGCCAAGUAUAGACCAGAUAUUGUGUUCCCUACAGGUUAUAGAAAAGAGCAGAAGCUCUGAACUCUCCAUUCAGAACCCAUUCCUACUUACUCACAGGUUAUGGAACAUUUGCUUCUUUAGUAUUUCUCCAGUAGGUUUCCUCAAAGAGAACCCCCCCCCCCCCCCCCCCCACACACUUUUAUGUCAAAGAUAAUAAAACAGUAAUGUCCCCAAAAACACUAAAGUAAAUACUACAGUAUACUACAGUCUGCAAAAACACUACAGCAAAUACUACAGUAUACCAUACUACAGUCCGCAAAAACACUACAGUAAAUACUACAGUAUACUACAGUCCUCAAAAACAUUACAGUAAGUACUACAAUAUACUACAGUCCGCAAAAACACUACAGUAAUUACUAUAGUAUAUACUACUAUUUUUUUUACUAUAGUAUUUAUACUAUAGUAAACGGUAAAUAUUACAGUAAGUCCAUAAAACACUACAGUGAAUACUAUAGUAUUCCUACCAUAGCAUACAGUAUAGUAGUUUUUCAUGUGGGCUUUGGUGCGAUUUUCACAAUUAUGUGGUACAUCGUCACAACUCUAAGCACAAAAAUCUAAACAGAUCAUCAAAAUGGCUUGUGUUUCAAAACUCUAAGCACAUUUUAAAUUGACUGAGUACAACAAACAAAUUCACAAAGUUAAUUUUUCACUACACCAAAUAACUAUUUCAAUGUGUAUACAUAUUCAAUCGAAGUAUCUGCUUUUCAAAAUGCUUUAUUCACAUUACUUUUGAUUUGAUUUUCUUGUAAUUUGUUAACAAUACAAUGAACUAUCACUUCAUCAAACUCCUCGAAACGGAUAACUACUGAGCCAAAAUUAUGUAGUGCCUAGUUAACGUAUAGUGCUGUGAAAAAGAAUGUGCCCCCUUGCUGAUUUUCAAUUUUUUUGCAUAUUCUUUACACUGAAUGCUAUCAGAACCUAAUAUUAGAUAAAGGGAACCUGAGUGAACAAAUAACACAUAUGUGAUACUUAUUUCAUUUAUUGAAUAAACAAAGUUAUGCAACACCCAAUGCCCCUGUGUGAAAAAGUAAUUGCCCCCUUACACUCGAUAACUGGUUGUGCCACCUUUAGCUGCAAUGACUGCAACCUAACACUUCCUAUAGUUGUUGAUCAGUCUCUCACAUCGCUGUGGAGGAAUUUUGGCCCACUUUUCCAUGCACAACUGCUUUAACUCAGUGACAUUUGUGGGUUUGCGAGAAUAAACUGCUUGUUUCAGGUCCUGCCACAAUCGGGUUUAGGUGUGGACUUUGACUAUGCCAUUCCAAAACUUGAAAUGUGUUGCUUUUCAGCCAUUCUGAUAUAGACUUGCUUGUGUGUUUUGCAUCAUUGUCUUGCUGCAUGACCCAGCUGCAGUUCACAGACGUCUCCUGUAGAAUUCUCUGAUACAGAGCAGAACUCAUUCAGCCGUACAUUUAUAUUUUUUUACCUCAUAAAUGUAACAAUUUUACAUCAAUUUAUGUUGGAAGGCAAAACCAAAUCAUAUAUGGAUGUGGCUGUAAAUACUACAUCAUCAUUCUCCAUCAUCCAGGCUCUAAAGUGGAAAUUGUCACUAUGUGCUACCACUUGGAAUUAUAGUGUAGUGUACAAUGUACUGCUGAAAUACCUGGGUCGUAUACUUAAGUAAUAUAGCCAAUAUACCACGGCUAAGAGCUGUUCUUAGGCACGACGCAACCAGAUUGCCUGGAUACAGCCCUUAGCCAUCGUAUAUUGGCCACAUACCACAAACCCUGAGGUGCCUUAUUGCUAUUAUAAACUGGUUACCAACAAAAUAAUUGUCAUACCUGUGGUACAGUAUUUGCCCUAAUACACCACGGCUUUCAGACAAUCUGCAUUCAGGGAUUGAACCACGCGGUUUAAAAAACAAUAUAUUUCCCUCAUUAUCUGAAUUUCAUUGAUACAUUGUAAGCUGAUGAAUUUCAAGCAGAGAGACCGACAAGUCAUGAAGAAAAGGUGGUCUUGUACAAUGUUACAUAGUGCAGAAAUUGCAUACAACACUGUGCUAUAUAUUUUACAGUAGCUAACUGCUUUACAUUACCCCUAUUUCUGAUCAACAAGAUCUCACGGUUGUACUAAUUUAACUUCAUUUUCCGACGUUUGUCCACGUUUCUCUAAAUGUCUAAUUUCGAAGUUGCUCCAAGCAUCAAAUUUCGAGGUGUUUUGGACACCAUUGGUUUCUCCUCCUGCUGCAGCUGCACCCCACAUUGUUUAGGCAUUAAUUCUGAAUGGUUCAGUUAAGUUUUGGGACAUUACAAGUGUUAUCAGUUUAGAGUUUUGUACUUAGAGAAUUUACCACUGAAAAAUAUGCCAAAGUGAUUGAAAUAAAAAACUAACUAUUGUGCCUAGAAACCCACAGAAAGCAGUGGUAUUCUUGUUUUUCGACUAGCAUGCAUUGUUUUGUUUGAUACCAUUAUUUUCAUUAUUUUCUAGUUUCAGUCCAAGCAUCUCUAAGAGACUCGCGCAACGACAUCACCCAAGUGUCUACUCCUGACACUUUACGACUGCUCUCGUCUCUCAGGCAGACAGCUUUAAGACUAACAGGUCUCAACAGAGGACAGACAGGAUUGAUGGUACCACCUGACCUUCACUCUCAGCUCCCAUUGGAUCAGGCCUCGGCCAAACCAACCCAGCCCACAAUCACACAGAUCCAGCCUCCAGUACUACAACCCCCACCUCUAUAUCAACCCUUAGACCUACUCACCCAGCCUUCAGUAACUCAUAGAGUCCUCUCACUCUCACUCACCCAGCUUCCAAUAAUACAUACCCAGCCAACAUUAGCACACAAUCCACAACGCCAGGUUUUAGUCCCACAUAGCCAAUCUCAAUUAACACAGUCCGUAUCCCAAAACAUCCACAACCAGCCAUCAGUCAUGCAUAUCCAGCAUCAAGUCACUGACCAACCAAUUAAGCCCCUAAAGCCCAUCGCCAGUCUUACCCAGUCUCUGGUCUCACUCUCGCAGCCUUAUCCAGACUCUCCCACCCACCUUUCAGACCACUCUACCCAACGUCCUGAUUCUCUUACCCAGCCGAGAGAAUCUGUGACUCAGUCUCAACUCAUGCAAACCCUGCAUCCUCCUGAUUCAAUCACUCAAACCCACCGUCCCGUAACGCAAAGUAAUCCUUCAUACCCACAUAUACAGCAUCCUAGCCCCAUCACCCUGUUUUUAGUCAGACAAACCCAGCCGGAACCUACACAAACCCAGUAUGAACCUACACAAGCUCAGCCUGAACCUACACAAACCCAGCCUGAACCACCCACAACUCAGCCUGAACCUACACAAACCCAGCCUGAACCUACACAAACCCAGCCUGAACCUACACAAACCCAGCCUGAACCUACACAAACCCAGCCUAAACCUACACAAACCCAGCCUGAACCACCCACAACUCAGCCUCAACCAUCACAAACCCAGCCUGAACCUACACAAACCCAGCCUGAAUCUACACAAACCCAGCCUGAACCUACACAAGCUCAACCUGAACCGACACAAACCCAGCCUCAACCCCCCAACACCCAGCCUAAACCUCAACAAACCCAGCCUACACAUCUCCUGACCCAGCCUUCAGUCUCAAACACACAUCCUCCUGACCUGAGCACCAUACCCCGCACCCCUGACCCCAAGGGCCCUAGUGCCCCCCGGACCUCCACCCCUGACCUCCUGCAGCAGAACAUGAGUCAGCCUGCUAAGCCAGCUCAUCAAGCCAAACCAACCAGGCCCAAUGACACAGAGCCCACAGAGUGGCUGAAGAGGAACACCUCUCAGUCCCCCAUGAGGACCAGUCAGGACCCCAGGUAGAGCACCAUGCGGUACAGGGGCAGGAGGCGGGAGACAGAGCUGACAUAUUUUGAAAUCCUCCCAGUCCUGUCUGCUUACAGCAUAGAUAGUUUCCUCUGUAUCUGCUUACAGUGUGCAUGCAUUCUUUGCAAAGCAAAAUAUAAUACUAAAUAUUUUGAGUGAUUGUGUGCUAUGUGGACAAUGGGGGAUAGGGGGAAUGCAACAGUAAGGCUUAAUCAAUGGAAGAACUUUCAAGACCUGAAUACCGGUAUGUGGCUUUCUGUGAAUCUGAGGGGUUGUAUCAGGACCUAAGAGAUAAUCUAUUACUUUCUAUAUAGGGCUCACAGGCUUAAACUGCUGACAAGACUCCAUAUAAAACUGCAACUCCACCACAGCUGCUAUCACACUUGGGGCUCUAUUCAAUUUGCAUCACGGAAGUUCAGCUUUACAGCAUGAUUGAAAUUUUAAGACAAUGUUCCUGCUUUAGCGGAGACUGCAUUCACGGUAAAUGUUGCAUAUGUCGGCUCAAUCGGAAAUUACCUUUACAUUUCUGUUGUGGAAUCUGUAACGCUUCAACAUUACAGAUUGAAUAGAGCCCUUGAUCUUGCUUAUAUAGUUGCACAGUUGCGACAUACAUGUGGGCGUAUUAUUCUGUUGGCUGUAAUGACCUACAUUUUUACACGACGACGCCAUAUGUUUGUUUUACUCCUAAAUCUUUUGAUUGGAUAAUGUUGCAAGGGAAAUGUUCAUCACAACUGAACCUCCUAAUAUCCAAAGUCUGUCUUUUACAUAUUGUAUUUGGAGCUACUUCAACUAGAUGCUGCAUUUGGACAUAAUAAUGAUCACCAUUAAGAAUGAGAACAAUGGAACAAUCUCUCUCUCAUUCCCUCUCUCCCCCAGAGUAAAGCUUCCAUCUCCAUGGCUCCCAGUGCUGGAGAAACAUGACAUCCCCAUCGUGGUGGGAGUGGGCGUGUCUCUGGCCUUCAUCUUCAUCACCAUGGCCUUCUACUCCCUGGUCCAGAAGAACGAGCCUGCCACCGCUAUCAGAGGUCAGUGGGGCUGGCCAGCUCAAUCUCUACCGGAUCUCAUCUCUUUUGCCUAAGUUUUAGCAUACUGUUUUCAUGGUUCAAAUUACUCAGGGGAAGGACACUCGUAAAAAACCAGGACACCGCCUAUUAAUGUUGGCACCCCUACAAUCAUUAAAGAUCUCUGACAUUUUCCAUACGCACAAAAAGCUUAUUUAUCUUAAAUUUUGUGCACAAAUUCGUUUACAUCCAUGUUAGUGAGCCUUUCUCCUUUUCCAAGAUAAUGCAUCCACCUGACAGGUGUGGCAUAUCAAGAAGCUGAUUAAACAGCAUGAUCUUUACACAGGUGCACCUUGUGCUGGGGACAAUAAAAGACCACUCUAAAAUGUGCAGUUUUUUCACCCAACACAAUGCCACAGUUUUGAGGGGGUAUGCAAUUGGCAUGCUGACUGCAGGAAUGUCUACUAGAGCUGUUGCCAGAUAAUUGAAUGUUCAUUUCUCUACCAUAAGCCGCCUCCAACUUCGUUUUUAGAGAAUUUGGCAGUACGCCCAACCGGCCUCACAACCGCAAAUCCAACCCAGGACUUCCACAUCCAGCUUAUUCACCUGCGGGAUUGUCUGAGACCAGCCACCUGGACAGCUGAUGAAACUGAGGAGUAUUUAUGUCUGUAAUAAAGCCCUUUUGUGGUGAAAACCUCAUUCUGAUUGGCUGGGCCUGGCUCCCCAGUGGGUGAGCCUGGCUCCCAAGUGGGUGGGCCUAUGCCCUCCCAGGCCCACCCAUGGCUGCGCCCCUGCCCAGUCAUGCGAAAUCCAUAGAUUAGGGCGUAAUGCAUUUAUCAAUUGACUGAUUCCUUAUAUGAACUGUAACUCAGUAAAGUCAUUGAAAUUGUAGCAUGUUGCGUUUAUAUUUUUGUUCAGUAUAUUACUAUUGAAUCCCAUUAGCCUUGUCUUCCACAGUUCCCAGGAACCUGGGUGUCCCCUGCAGACAUGCUGAACGCCUGGCCACUAGGAGGACUUAUGAGAACAGGUGAUUGUUGUUAGCACUAUUAUUGUUGUUGUUGUUGUUGUUGUUGUUGUUGUAAAGGAUAUCUCUAUGAAAAUAGGACUAUACUUCCCCUAAUGGCUAAUGUACAGUAUAUGUAUCCUCUGUUCUGAAAGGGCGUUUGAGGAUGAUGAUUUGGUGGCUGUGAUUGAACAAAGCCCCAACACGUCAGAUACACGCGCCAGGCCUCCUGCCCCCAGCCCAAUCACUGUGACGAUAGACCCUGCCUCUGAUGAGACUCAGGAGACACAGCCCCGGCCCACUCCAGAUCACUCAGUCAUAGCAGAGACCUACCCUGAGCCCAACGAAGACACACAGGUCAGUGUGUGUGUGUGUGUGUGUGUGUGUGUACGUGUAUGCAUGUGUAUGCGCAUGUGUGUAUGUAAAAUCAAGUCCAACAUUUCCCACACAUUGCCAUGCCAAGAUAAUACAAAUUCGGGAGUAGCAGCUGUCUGGAUCCUCUCCACCUCAGGUUGACCCCUUCCUGGAUGAAGAGGACUGCAGCCUGUCUCACCCCAGCAUCCAGCUCCAGUGUGUGGAGGACUGGGGGGACGGAGGAGUAGAAUAUGGACAAUGCCAGGGCCAGGACAUUCUCCCCGAGCCCCCCUCUCUCUCUCCUUCACCUUUCCGCUCCCCCUCCCCCUGUGCGUGAGGAAAGCCUGCGCUCCUCCCCGACACUCCAGACCGCUGAGCCCAGCAUCUCCCAAGGUAACGCCUCCCUCCUCCUCUCCCACUGCGUCUCCCUAGGCCUCACCACAGUCGCCGUUGAUGUUCACUUCUACCCAGCAGCCCUUGCGUCAGCCACCACUGCCAUGGCGACCGUGACAGCCACCACACAGAUUAAUGCUACCGCCACUGCUGCUACUCCAGGGCCCCAGCUCAGCUCCGGGUUGACCCACAGUCAGGAGCAUGACCAAUCGGCUCCCAGCAUGUGCCAGAGU